AUGAAUCCCUCAAACACAUCUGGUGCACAGAAAACCCCGGCGAACGCCAAUGUGGGUGAGGAUAAGCCGAAGAUGUUUGACGAGCACGGCACGAUUGGCAAGCAAUUCACACCUGAGGGAGCUAUUGGAGGAACUGCUCAGAAGAUCGGCGGCCCCUUAGACAAGGAGGGCAUGAUUGGCAAGCAGUUCACCACUGAGGGAAGCAUUGGAGGAACUGUGCAAAACAUGAUGGGCGGGACUAAGAAGAAGUCAAACUAA